CGGCGCAGUGCGGCUCCGUCGUCUGAGGCGGCGGGCGCGGCCUGCGCUCCUAGACGCGUUCCUCGGCCUGCUGGAGCGGCGCGAGGCGGCCGAGGGCGAGCGGCGAGCCGCCGGCGGCGGGCCUGUCCCCGGGGUGGAGGUGGGCGAGGCCUCGACGUCGCGCUCGGGCUCGUCGUUCUCGCCGGUGGCGUCGCUGGCCAGCAGGAUGCCCAACAUUAAGCUCUUCAGCGGCUCCUCGCACCAGGACCUGUCGCAGAGGAUCGCCGACCGGCUGGGCCUCGAGCUGGGCAAGGUGGUCACCAAGAAGUUCUCCAACCAGGAGACCUGCGUGGAGAUUGGUGAGAGCGUGCGUGGCGAGGACGUCUACAUUGUCCAGAGCGGCUGCGGCGAGAUCAACGACCACCUGAUGGAGCUGUUGAUCAUGAUCAACGCCUGCAAGAUUGCGUCGGCCAGCCGAGUGACAGCUGUCAUUCCCUGCUUCCCCUACGCCCGGCAGGACAAGAAGGACAAGAGCCGGGCACCCAUCUCUGCCAAGCUUGUCGCCAACAUGCUGUCUGUGGCUGGCGCCGACCACAUCAUCACCAUGGACCUGCACGCCUCUCAGAUCCAGGGCUUCUUUGACAUCCCUGUUGACAACCUGUAUGCCGAGCCGGCUGUUCUGAAGUGGAUCAAGGAGAACAUCGCCGAGUGGAAGAACUGCACCAUCGUCUCACCGGACGCCGGGGGUGCCAAAAGGGUGACAUCCAUCGCCGACCGCCUGAAUGUCGACUUUGCCCUCAUCCACAAGGAGCGCAAGAAGGCUAGCGAGGUCGACCGCAUGGUCCUGGUGGGUGACGUCAAGGACCGGGCGGCCAUCUUGGUGGACGACAUGGCUGACACCUGCGGGACCAUCUGCCACGCCGCCGACAAGCUCCUCUCAGCAGGCGCCACCCGGGUCUACGCCAUCCUGACACAUGGCAUCUUCUCCGGCCCGGCCAUCUCCCGGAUCAACGGUGCCGGGUUUGAGGCCGUUGUCGUCACCAACACCAUCCCGCAGGAGGAGAAGAUGAAGCAUUGCCCCAAAAUCCAGGUGAUUGACAUCUCCAUGAUCCUGGCCGAGGCAAUCCGCCGCACCCACAACGGCGAGUCCGUCUCCUACCUGUUCAGCCACGUCCCACUAUAGUUCCUGACCCCGGCAAAUGAAUUCCCCUUUGGAG